AUGACGCCGUGCGAACCUCUACCUCCGGGAGGUGGGGAUGACCCGAACAUAACACCCGCCCUCGACGCGGCUCCCCCGCGACUGUUCCGUAGCCGACGACGCGCACGUGGGCGGCACCCCGGGCCGAGUUACUCGUACGGGAAGGGCGGCUGGGUCGGGCACCGGCGCGUCGGUUCUAUCCCAGCUCCCGAGGCGAUCCAGCCUUUCGAUAGGGCCCGGAGGGUGAGGUCGAGCGCAAUGUGUUUGGUCAAGAAGGCGUGCGGAUCAAUCAUUCAGGCAGGGAUGUUCCGUUAA